AUGAUAGACCCGCACCAAGCUUUUGAUGUCUGCGUUGAUAUUGACGAUUACAAACAUGUGUUUUACUACCAUAUACCGCCUUCAUUCAGUCGACACCUUCCGAUCGCUCAAUUGAGUAAACCAAUAGACGAAUUGAUCCUCAUGAAAAUGUGGUUGCGAGAGUGUCAGGAGACACACCCAUUAUGUUCAGCUUCCCAUGAGCCGUUUGCACCAAAAAGACUUCUAGACUUGGGUCCCACUGGAAAGACGUGCGACCUAAAACUGGUCCAAUCCCGAGAUAUUCCGUCAGUGAGGCCAGUAUAUGUGACGUUGAGCCAUUGCUGGGGCUCUUCACCCAAUCCAUCAGUAAAGACUACGUCAUCAAAUCUAAAAGAAAGAACGAGAGAGAUCUUGUUUGCGAGCCUACCCUUGACCUUCCAAGACGCCGUUCAGAUCACUCGUCACUUGCAGGUGCGCUAUCUAUGGAUUGACUCAUUGUGUAUCAUCCAAGAUUCGCCUGAAGAUUGGGAGGAAGAGGUCGCCAUCAUGGGCCAAGUCUACGCCCGAUCACUCAUUACGCUUACAGCUUCAAUGUCCAGGAACAGCGAUGGAGGGUGUCGUGUCGGGAAGCGCCCAGCUGCCGAGAACAAUCAGCCUCUGGAUAUUCUCAAAGGCUCGAAAAGAAUUAGGAUUUUUCAGAAUACUCCGCUCGAUUGGAACAACGCGUGGAACAGAGGCCCACUUCGUAAGAGAGCGUGGACAUUACAAGAACGGCAACUCUCCACGCGUAGUCUUCACUUCUCCGAGACUUUACUUCUCUGGGAGUGUAAGACUUCUAAAGCUUCGAGCGAGCUACCGUGGAUGCAGAUGAGAAUUGAGGAUCCACCGUCUCUUCUGAUGCUGAACGAUGCUGCUGAGAACAUAGAGAAUUCCGGUUCACUAUCCAUGAGAGACCACUGGUUUAGUAUUGUGGAAGACUAUUCGCAGCGAAGUCUGACCUACGAAGCGGACAAGUUGCCAGCUCUGUCUGGACUGGCCCAAGUUUUGACACAGUCACACGGGACCUAUUUUGCUGGUUUAUUUCGGAUGGACCUGCCAUCUGCCCUUCUUUGGAGGAGUAAAAUUGCACAGUUCCCCCACGAGCUUCAACCUCGAAGACCAUGCCAUUAUCGAGCGCCAACUUGGUCCUGGGCUGCCGUGGAAGGUGCCAUUAUCUAUGAUAGCCAGAGACUUGACGAAGCAGUAGGCGAAGACAGAUCUGGGCUCAUCGAGCACGACUUCGGGCAUUUUUCAAUCAGGGAUCUUGCUGUAAAGCCCGUGGGCAACGACACAUUUGGCGCAGUUUCAGGUGGCUCGAUACGUUUAGCUGGCCGUCUGACAGCCAGUAUUGCUGAUCUACAGGUCUCCGAAGAGGGUACUAUGAGCUUCUACGAAGGGUGGAGGGCAUUGUCAAAUCGUGAAAGUGAGAGAGUAGGCGUUAUCUACCCCGAUGUCCUGUCGGAUUUGAAGGAUGGCCAAAUUAUAUUCUGCAUGGAAGUGCGGAAGGAAAGGUACUGGUCAGAGGUUGGAAUGCCGUCCACGAUAUACGAUCGGAACCCUGAGCCGAAAGACGAGGAAAAUUCGAGGGCAAUGGUCAUGGGCUUGGCACUGGUGAAAGACGACGAGCAUACCGGUGGGUAUAAACGAGUGGGACUGGUGCGCUGGAUGAAGAGACCGUGUUUUUCGGAUGUGGAAGCCUGCGAAAUCACCAUUUACUGA